AAGUUGAAGACCCAUGAGGCCAUGAUUCGACCUUCUCGGCCCCAAAUGCUCCGGGUUUACUCCACGUGUCACGUGGCAAAAGCCUACCUUCACUCCUACAUGUCAUCUCAUCCCAUAGGGUUUCUGUGUUUGGUGGCAUUCUUGAUGCCAUGGGAGCUGGAUUUUGGGCGUGUUGGCCAUCCGGGAAGAACUGUGGAUUUUGGGCGUGUUGGCCAUCCGGGAAGAACUGUCCUAAUGGAGCUAGGAUAUUCAAUCACAUUCAAUUGGGCCAACAACAUUGUGAUCAGUGGCUUAAGAUCGAUCAACAGUCAGCUCAGUCACAUUGUAAACAACAAUUGCAACAAUGUCAUGGUAAAAAAUGUGAAGCUCUUUGCGCCAGAUCAGAGUCCCAACACUAACGGCAUUCACGGGCAGCACUCUACCAGAGUGACAAUCACCGGAAGCGGACUUCAUACUGGAGACGAUUGCAUAUCAAUUGGUCCAGGCACAAAGAACAUCAUUGGUAGUCUAGGACGGGUUCUCAAUGAGGCUGGCGUCCAAAACAUAACAUUAAGGGAUGCAGUUUUUAUGGGAUCAGACAAGGGAGUAAGAAUCAAGACAUGGGUGAGGCAGAGCAACGGCUUUGCGGUGAAGAUUAGUGGAGUAACGUACAAGAACAUAAGAGGAAAAUCGGCGACGGCGGGGCUGUAACGUUUGACUGCAGCCCAAGUAAUCACUGUAGAGGGAUAAGAUUACAAGACAUAAAGCUUACUCACAUGAAUAAAGUGCCAACUUCAUC